UUCAUCCAUCGGCGUUUCUGCAUGGCGCUUUUGCUCCGCAGUGAAAAAUCUAAUUUUGCUGUCGUCGUGACUUUUUCUUGAUUUUAGUGUUUUUGUCUUUAAACAGUGCCUAGUCAAUCGUAUUAUAAUGUAAUUACCGCCACGAAUUAUUCUUCGUUAAUUCCCCGAGGGUGCCUGUUUUAUGAUCAGACGAUUUUAAUUCCUUUCACUUACAAUAUUGGAUGAGGCAUCAUGAGUAGACAAGAUCGGAACAAAGGAAGCGUAACAGCUUUGGUCUUGGACAACAAACAAUUCACCAGUGAUGAGACUCCCACUCCAACGCGACUCAUCAGAGAUUGUGAAACAUUAGGAUUGUUUGAUGACCUUCAGAAGGUUAAUCUUUUCGAGGAGUCAUUCCGAAAGAGAGUUGAAUUGGGACCGAAUCACCAACCAUCCUCCAAGGUGAGCUGUUCCAAUGGAGACGAUUUACUUACACCUACUAUUUUUACCGCUAGCGCAGACUCUGCAUCAGACAUAUCCAUGAGCACAGUAGAGGUUGAAGACCCAAUCCUCGCAGAGGAAACUAUUCCAGAGGAAGAAUGUCAUUCAGGUGGGAAAUUCGGUAUAAAGGAAACCUCUAUGACUGAUUCUGACAUGAGUGAUGUAUCCUCAACACGAACCAUUUCCUCCAACGUUCGGGAAGGUGGUGUUAUUAUAAUGGAGAACUUUAGUGGUGCAUUGAGACCCUUGGAAGAAGCCAAACUCAAAUUGAAAUCGACCCUCAUGUCCAAGAAGAACCUAUUGCAGUCGACAAAAUCCAAAUCAAUAUUUGAAGACAAGGAAAAGUCUCAAUCACGGAACUCUGCUCAUUCUAGUUCAGAUGAAGUAGACAAAGAAACAAUGCUCAAAAGAGAGAGGAAUAGGGUGGCAGCGAUGAGAAGUCGUAAAAAGAGGAAGACUUGGGUUGAACAGUUGGAGAAAAGCGCAGGAUCCAUGCAGAUGAUAAAUACAAAGCUUCAAACGGAAGUUACUUGUUUACGCGCAGAAGUAGCUCAGCUAAAAACACUUCUCCUUGCUCACAAGGAUUGUCCUGUCACGAAAGCCAUGGUUCAAGACUCUGAGGCACCAAAAUCCACUUCACCUCCCAACUUACUAGAGCAACUAAUUCCGGAUCACUUUCUCUCACAGUUGAGCCAAGAAGUAUCCGACAAGGAAAAGGUUAAUAGCUCAAAAUUGCGUGUGCUGUUGCAACAGAAAUUGAGCAGUAACAAACCAGUUGACAUCGCGCCUGCACCGCCUACUUCAACUCCUGUCAGCGCCAUCAGCUCAACGACAGCAGUUCCGCAAUUUUCUUCAGGAACGCUCACUCCAGUUGGUGCUGCUCAGUCGAUCGUCGUGGUUGUCAAGUCGCCAAAUACGCAAGAGCCUGUCAAGAAAAUAGCUUUGUCUAGCUGUGAUCUUGAUCAGUUCAUCCCUGUCAUCAAGUGCAAUCCCAACGCCAUCGCCGUUCAAUCAGAGAAGGCUGGCUGUGAAUCGUAUUUAAAAAAAAAGACGAAAGUAUCUAGUUGAUUCUGAUGAAGAAGUCAUUCCUUUAGUGCGGCUUGAUUGAUAUCAUAGAGCCAAUGCAUUCAUCCUCCUGUUGAUGUGAAUGAUUGACUGUGUAUCAAGAAUAUUUUUUUGUUCCACUUUUUUAUUGAGAGGUGAAUAUGUUUUUCCUUUUUUUUCUAUAUUGCGGUUCUUUGAAAAGAGCGUUUUGUUACUCAGUGUGUAUUUGAGGUUUGAUACUAUAAUUUUUCAAAUGUAAGGAACACCCUAUUUUUAUUCUCCCCAUCAAUGCAUCAAUUGUGCUUCCUCUGAAAAUGAGACCUCUGUUUUCCUGAGCUCCAACAUUGCUUCGUAGUUUUUCCUUAAGAAAAGAGAAAGAAACAUCAGUGGCAAAUUCACUUACUUCUAUUUCCAAAUGUCAUACUCUCUCGAAACUUAGUCCAAGAUGCCUCAGACUUCAACAAAUUUGAUCUCUCUACAACUGUGAGGAGGGUUAAUGAUGUCUAGCAAAAUUAAUUUAAUUAAAUUUCCUUAAAAUCUGCCCUUCAUUUACAGUUUCUGUACUUUCUACUUAAAUAAGUGUGACUCCAAUUCAAUUUCAUCCAUGUUUUUUUCUGUUUAUUCUCUCUCUUUGUCCUAUGUUCAACAGGCAACCUCUUCUAUUGAAUUUUUUCCUGUACGGAUGUUUUUUUUCUUUGGUUACAAAGUAGCAAUCAUAGCAAGGUUCAUGUUUAAGUUCGGCUCUUUCAAAGGGCUCAGGUUUUGAUGGGGUCAGCUAAGAGUAGGAGAAACGUUUUAAGACAGAGGUAACCUCCUUCCAACCCUCCACUACACCAUAUCAUGUAUCUGUGUAUGUAUUAUGUAUUUCAUACCAUAUCAUGCUCUGAAAAAAACAUAUUUUAAUAAGGUCGAAGUUAAGAAAAAAACGACAAACGUUAAGAUGGUCCCACUUUUCCAGCAACUUUAAUUUUCUCUGCAGGAAUGGCUACUGUCAAAAAAUGCAUAUCUCUAUUGCGGUGUUCAAAAAUAUCAGAUAAUGUUUUAUUUUUUACAAGAAAACUAAUCAAUUUACCUUAUUGAAAUCAUCUAAGAAUACUCAUGAGCAAGUAGACAAAACUCAAAGAAAAUUUAUAGGAAAAUGUUGGCUAGUUUUCUUUUGAAGAAGAAAAAAAAAACAUGGGCCAAAAUGUUCAAAGUUGCGAUGAAAGAUAUGCAUUUUCUGACUUCAGCCAUGAAUAUGUGAUGGUUGAACAAACUGAUGAUGGGUUUGCGAGGCGAACAAAGUUGCACAAUCUUAGGGACAUUAGAAUACUCUUGAGCCCUUUUUGCAAAAUGCAAUCCAAAGGGCAUUCCAGCAUCGAAAAUAUGUACCUCUAUUUUUAUUCCUAUUUUUCAUGAUUUUCAGCUUCAGUUUGGGUGUAAGAAAUGAGCCCAAUCUCCCUGCACAGUCGUGCAAGGAGGUGCACAGACACUGUCGCCAAAUUCUGCUGAAAAUUCAGCACAUAUCCCCAUUUAACUGAACAAAAAAUAUUCAGAUUUUUUCUUACAAUCUGGCAGUCUUGCGUGCAGAGCAGCUUGAUGUGCACCAAAUAUUCAAAGCCGUUUUCCACGAUGUACAAUUUUCAUUUAAAGUUUUCUAACAAAACGAAGUUGAUAUGAAUAAAUGAAGAUGAAAUAACAAUGUAAAUGUAAUUGUGAAGUUCUGCUUUCUCAUGAAUUUAUCAAUCAAUACAAUUGAUACGGUAAAUUAUUUAGCUCUCAGAGUGAAGUAGAGAUGUAGGAACUUCUUACAUCAACCAAAAGUACUGUAAAUUAAAAAUUUAAUAUGCUUAUCUUAAGGGGUUUAUUGUGACUUUCAAUAAUUUUGGUGUCAUGCCUGUCGCCAGCCCCAAGUCAGCAAAGGGCAGUGAAUGACUGGCCUGCCAAUAAUUUUUCUCAUGGUUUGUACAGUCUUUCGACUAAAACAUUAUGUGCUUUUCAAGCACUUUUUGAAGAAUCUUUAAGUAUUUUUCAAAAAAUCAACCAUUUUUAAAAGUUUCAAAGCCCCACAAACCGAUUUUCUUGCUGAACUAGAGGCGAAACGAGUUAUUUCAAGACAUUCUAUUUAUUAAAUGUGAACAGGUAAUUUCCUUUUUUCGAUAAUCAGGAGUUUCAAACUUCAAAUCACUUAUUUGUAACAUGAGAUGUAAAUUUACUUAAAUAUGUGUUGAUAUUCAAAAUGUCCGCUGUGUCCAUAGUUUUCCUUGAACAAUUAUAAUGAAAAACUGUUCAAGGGUGUGCUGUAAUUAUCUCCUUAUAUAAUAGUCCAUGUACCUCUCUUUCUAUCUGUGAUUUACACUGGGUGAAUAAAUUGAAACCUGACAGUUUUAGGUUCCCUUUACUAAAUGGGCAGAAUGUGGACACUGCCGAAAAAAAGACCACCUUUUUCUAAAAAAAAAAUAAAAAAUAAAAAAAUUCAAGAUUAUUUUUGAUCAAAAAGUAUUUUAACUUUCUAACAAGACAAAAUUGUCUCUGUCGUCAUUCUUGACUGUUUCUCAAGAAUGUGGUACCUAUUUAAUUUUAUUUUUUUGUUUUAUCUCUAAAACUUCAGUUUCCCUUGUAUUCUGAAGGCAGACGAUGUUCGAAGUUUUUGUCCAGAGGUUUCUGUAAUAGUGUUACAGGAAAUGACUGUAAGAGCCAUUUAAAAAAGGAAUUCCGAAAUUCAAAACAGAAUAUGGAAUCUUCGAAAGUAAGUGUUUCAUUGGUGUGUACUCAUCUCCACAAGUCAUAAUUUUGUUUCCUGACGAUUUUGCUGGUACUUUCAACAAUGAUAACAUUUAUUUUCAAGAUGUACGAAUCAGAACCUUUAUGUCGAUUAUGUUGUAAGGUCGCAGAUGACUUGUGUAGCCAGUGAAGUUGUGUCGUCAGAUCUCUGACUGAUUGAUUCCGCCAGUUUGAAAUUUAGGUUUGCAUGAUCUGUGGGCAGCUGUAACCACUAAGAUUUGAGCGUAAAGCCCUCGCAUAAUUUUUGUUAAUUGUCUGAGUGAAAAAAUUUGACCCUACAAAUUCAACUCUAAAUAAACUGAAAAGUCAUUAAAUGAAUUUCCGACCUUCCAUGUCGGUUGAGCUUAAUGGAAGACCUGAUGUGCCCAAUAAUCUCUUUUGUAAAUUUCGGAAACCUCUUAGUAACCAAGAAUUUGAUAUGAGUUUUGCAGUGCCACUCAGUCCUUGUAUUAUUUGUUAUGUUUACAAUUCAAGUUUUUUUUGUAUUAAAUGUACAUGUUUAUGUAUGGAUGGCGUCCCUUGGAAAUUUUUUGACCUUGGAGAAAUUUAAUAAAAUAUGAAUUUAUAAGUA